AUGGCAACUAACACUUCAGCACCACAACAAAAUUCAUCAAAUUUCCAGGCCAUUGAGCCGUUGUUCUAUCAAGAAUUCGAUACUAUCGAUCCAGUUUUCGAAGAAUGGACCUUAGAGCGAAUGCCAAAAAACGUUAAUACAAAGCGUAUUAAGUUGGAUAAGAAUCAGAUGUUUGGUAAAUGGGUCUAUGCAAGUUACAAUACAAAAGGAAAAUUUCGCUGCUUAAAGUCAUACUAUGGGCCAGAUACAGAUGAAUACGGACAACAUUGGAUUGGUGGAUGGAUUCAAAUGAAAAUAUUCGCUCAGCAGUGUAAGAAGUGUGAUGAAUAUGCCACUGACGAGCUUGAUGAUCAACGAUGUAAAAAUGUUGUAAAAUGGUUACAUCGCUGGAUUGCUCAUAUGUUUUAUGGUUAUCCUUUUCCUCGUCAGGGUUAUCAAGGAAGAAGAAGUGAUCAACAUCAUCUUGCCAAUCGAUGUGAAGCAUGCGCAGCAGGAUGGUGCCAUUAUCGCGGGAAUCGAUGCCAAUAA